UCUCACGUGACCAGCAGCGCAGCAGGUUUUAAUUGUUCGUGUGUUUUCGUGUCGCCGUUUUGAAUGCGGAGCAGCAAAGGUUUGUGAGUUUUCAGAGAAACUUGAGGUGUGAUCCGGAUCAAUCUGCCACCCAGAGGAGAACCAACAGCAGCGGGAUGGACUGUCGAGCUAACAGCGAUGUGAUGUUUCUGCCCGAUGAAAAGUUUGAUUUCAAUGUGUCUCUGUCACCUGCCAGCUCCAAAGGUGAUGAAGAUGAGGUGUUUGUGGAUCAGGUCAGCCAUAUGGAGAGGUGCGUCGCUGUUAACAUGGCAUCUCGGCUGAAGGACGGAGGUGAUGGCAUGCGGGUGAGCUGGAGCCCGCUGACUGGAGAUCAGCUGGAGGCCAUGUGUGAGGAAGCUCACAGACUGGCCAACCUCCUGCAGAGCAGCAAGCCAAGCCAGCCACAUGGCGUUGAUGACGAGAUAGCCAACAUGACCAGCGAUGCUACAACUGACAGAGAGCAGUUUGUCCAGGACACUGAGGCUGAACUGGGUGUGAUUGGUCAGCCAGCCAAUUCACUCAGUCCCGUCAAAUGCCAGACUUCCUGUGUGCAGGAGAGUCCCAUGAAGCACCUGCGGCACGUCAAACAGCACCAGAGAGGAGUCUGCACCCCCCCUGCCACCAACACAGCUGAAUCCACACGCCCUGCAACUAACGCAGCUUCAUCCACCCGCCCUGCCACCAACGCAGCUGCAUCCAACCGCCCUGUAACCAACACAGCUGCAUCCAACCGCCCCGCUACCAAUGCAGCUUCAUUCACCCGCCCUGCCACCAAAGCAGCUGCAUCCACCCGCCCUGCCACUACUAAAGCAGCUGCAUCCAACGCAGCUGCAUCCACCCGCUCCAUCAGCAAUGCAGCUUCAUCCAUCUGCCCUGCCACCACUGCAGCUUCAUCCACUCCAUCUGCCACCAAAGCAGCUGCAUCCAACCGCCCUGUAACCAACGCAGCUGCAUCCAACAGCCCUGCCACCAACGCAGCUUCAUCCACCCGCCCUGCCACCAAAGCAGCUGCAUCCACCCGCCCUGCCACUAAAGCAGCUGCAUCCAACGCAGCUGCAUCCACCCGUCCCAUCAGCAAUGCAGCUUCAUCCAUCUGCCCUGCCACUACCGCAGCUUCAUCCACUCCAUCUGCCACCAACGCAGCUGCAUCCAACAGCCCUGCCACCAAAGCAGCUGCGUCCACCCGCCCUGCCACCAAAGCAGCUGCAUCCACCCACCCUGCCACCAAAGCAGCUGCAUCCACCCACCCAGCUACCAACGCAGCUGCAUCCACCCGCCCUGCUUCCACCACUAGACUCAGCACCUCCAGCCCUGUGGUCAUGGUCAAGGCUAAGCCCAGGACAGCGUUGAAAGGAAACACCGCGCAGGGCGUUGGUGUUGUGCUGCCGAGUAAACCAGCUGCCCCUUCGACUUCCUGUUCAGCCAACAAGAACAGAGUGGAGAAAAACAGACUGCAACCACCGAGCAAAGUGGCGGCAGGUUGGAGAAGGAGUCCAAACUCUUGUUCCUCCAGUAGAGCGGAGUCAUAUGAGGAUCUUCUGUCCGAUUCGACAAGCGUGGCCUCUGAUAUCAGCGACUCCUCCCUGAACUCCAGCCUGCUGGGAAAACGCACAUUGGCUCCACCCACCAAGAGUGUGAGGAACCCAUCAGGUGUGAAAGCUCCGCCCCUUCAGAGAAGGAGAGUGACAGAGAGGAAGAACACGUCCUCGUCCUCAUCCUCAGUGUCGAGCUUCAACUCCAGCCUGUCUCUGUCCCCCGCUACAGGUAAACCAAACUCCUCUACUAGUCUGAGCAGCUACACUGUCCCCGCCCCCAGCAGCAUCAGCAAACCUGCCAAUCAAAACAGGCAGCACCGCUCUAAUGUCUGUGCUGCUGCAGAGGCUGUGUCUUCCACCACUGGCCGCCGCUCGCUGUCCACCCAGGCCAGGAAGUUGUCUACACCACUGAAGAGAACUGAGGCCACACCCCUCCAGCCCACGUCUUCCAAAAGAGUUUUGGAGAGGACCGCCUCCAUCCCUGCCACUGCCUCAGCCCGUCUGCAGAGUGGACUGAAGGCCAAACCCAAACCUCAGACCCUGGCCCCACCGACAACCAGCGCAAUAGUCAGAGGAGUCCGCCAUGGAGACGGUAUUUCAUCCCCAGAUGUCUCAAAGAUGUUGAUGCCAAAGAGGCUGAUGUCAGCGAGCAGCGUGGACAGUGUUCCUCAGAAACCCUCUGCUGGCGGCUGCAGGUCGCUGCAGGUGAAAGCUUGUCGUCCCUCUGCCCUCCCCACCCCGCUGAGAAGCAAGAUGUCUGCCAUCCCCACCACCACGCCCAACAACCAGACCCAACCCGCAAGGCUUCCAACCACCUCUGACCCUGAUCACUCUGACUCCACUUCGGCCAGGAGAGCGAGCAGCUGCAGUACGUGGUUGUUUCUGUGUAGCCCCACCCCACCAGAUACACAGGGGGCAGAGCCUGUUGAUGCCCUGGACAUCCAGCCCUUCUGUCUGGAGGAGGAGGAGCCCCCGGCUGCCCCGCCCUCCACUUCUCCACAGCCCGACCAUUCAGAGAGCAUGGAUACUGGAGUACUGAGUCAGGGCGAAUCAGAGCCAGGCAGAAAUCUGAUUGAAUUGAAGACUACUGAGGAGAGCGAGAGCAACAGCAAGACACAGGAGGUUCUCCUGUUCGAUCUUCCAGCUCCGACACUGCAACCUCAAGAGAAACUGCUCAUUGACCUGACCAGCACCCCCAACCUCAUCCGAACCAGCAACAAGACCUGCACCACAACCCAGCAGCUGAUCGACCUGAGCUCUCCGCUCAUCAAGUGGAGUCCAGAAGACAAGAAGGAGAACAACGCUCCACUCAUCAACCUGUCCUUCUGAUCCAGAUCCUUCUAAAGACCAGAAUCUUAUUGUCUCUGCAGUAAACUUGUUUCUGUCUUGAGAAACUCUAAUAAUAAUAAUAAUACAUUUUUAUCAAUGAAAUGUUAGUAUUAUGUUUUAAAGAUACUGUGAAAUAAAAAAUAUAUUUUCCCAGUUUUAA